AUGCCAGCAAGCAGGAACAUGUCAACGGUUUUCUCACCGUAUACGAGUAGCACAUCUGUUCUACCAGGUCUUACUGUAUCUUCGUCGAUCUUUAUCGCGGAUAGCGGUAGUAGGAGCAAUACAUCGCCCCCAAACCCAACUAUCACAACUCCGGUCGCUCCAAGAAGUGGUGGACAAGUUCCUCGGUCCAUUGCAUCUGGCGCAACCGUUGCCGGAGUUUCCUGCCUUCUCCUUGUCAUGACUUCCUGGUUUCCCGAAACGUUGCCGCCCGAGCUCUCAUCGUCAUCACCCCACCUAACCAGAUGGGAGAGUUUGAGCUCACUGUAUCGAGCCUUGCUGCUUGUCACCUUGCUGCCGUUUUGA